AUGUUGAGCUCUCAACUACGAAGAUCCGUUCCAGUUUACCAGAAGCUUCUUAUAUCCUCUACAGUUCCAACCCUCUUUCUCACAGCCACGAGAGCCACAGCUUUGUCUGCUCGGUCACGGGAAAACGGCGGUCCAUGGCAUGCACCAGUGACUUCAACCUGGAAACAGGAUCGCUGCUACGCGAUAUCCCGACAGGAGCCAAGGCAAGUACGGCAUAUAAUGGACGUUUUGUCGGUCUAUGCCUCCGGUCGGCGGCUUCGAACUAAAAUCAACCAGUUGGAAGGUGAUGCCAAAGUCCAUUUGGACGUAACUGCAAAGACAGAUAUGGCACUCAUCCCCGCCUAUGCGACCUUGCUCGACUUAACGAUGAAGAUGGUGGCGGAUGCAAACCCUCCUGAAUUAUGGAACCAAAGUCAAAAUGGGGAGACCUUUCGCCAACAAUUUCCUGAAUCUCUCCGUAGCACAGUAAAGUGGAUGCAAAACAAUUCCAGAGCACUCAAACCUCCUUCAUCUAGCGUGACAGAUCUGGCACAAUUAAGCGUCAAGCUCUUUGAGAAAGCCCGGGACUCGUGUCUAGAAAUGCAAGACCAUCUGGCUAGAAUCCAAGAGCAGAUUAUGGGAAUGCAACACGAGAUUAGCGUUUUCAACAUCGAGCUACAACUGGCCGACAAAUUACAUCCCCAACAGAAAAAGAUGUUCCAGCACGCACGCGACAACGCCAAAAGUCGCCAAGCAUACGCACAAGACAUAUGGCCCCGAGAAGACCUCCGCGACGCAAAAAACGACGCCAAACAGGCCCAAGCAUUGCUAAACCUCCUCAACAAAUUUGUGCAGCCAGCCUUCGACAAAGGCGAGCUCAAGAGCCUCGGAGACGAAGUGAGCAUACUAUUCGACCGCACCAUCACCCAAAAAGAUAUCCUAGAGCGCAUCUUAACAGGUCACGUGCGCGAGAUGGCUAAUAUGGCACAUACAUGGUUCCGCCCUGUCUUUCACCAUCGCUUCACGGAGAAAAUACUGGAGAUUUUGGCGCUGGCGCCGCUGUCGGCGGAAACGCUUCCGUAUGUGCGGGGGGUACUUGCUCUGCUCUCGUGGCCGGGUACGCAGCUGCUGACGCCGGAUACGGAUAGUUUGGCGAGGUGGAGGAGAAGACCACAGGUGCAGCAGUCGAGUUUGAAGGGGCGUUUGGGGGAAAUUGUGGAGAGGGCUGAGGGGGAGAGGAAGAAAUUUCCUGCGGGGAAGGAGGAGGAGGCGGGGGCUUUUGGGAGGUUUUCGAGGUGA